AUGGCGCCAAAAGGCAAAGAUUCCGGGAAAGCCUCAUCCAGCAGUAGUAAAGGUAAAGGCAAGGGCAAAGAUGACGGUGGUUCAUCAGCAGGUGGCAGCGGGAAGCUCAAAGCAGCCCAAUCCAUUAAUGCCAGACACAUUUUGUGCGAGAAGCACUCGAAGAAAGAAGAGGCCCUGACAAAGCUGCGAGAGGGUGUGAAGUUCGAUGAUGUGGCGCGGGAGUACAGCGAGGACAAGGCUCGACAAGGGGGUUCAUUAGGCUGGAAAACAAGAGGCAGCUUACACGGGGAUUUCGAGAAAGUAGCCUACGAGCUGGAGCCAUCCACAACAGCCAAUCCCAAAUGUGAGUGA